CUAUAUAUCUAAACUUGGUUGAUUUGAACCCCACCAACACUCUGCAUGAGACUCUAUCACAUUUACACAAAAUGACGAAAAAUGGAGAGUGAAAUAAACGUUAAUAUUAUUAAUGAUAGUGUAGGAAACUCAUUUUUAAACCACUAGUAUAUGUAUUAUCCCAUCAGCCCCUUGCCUCGUCUCUCAUACACACACUAAGAAAAAAUGGUGAAUGUAUUAUCUCGUCUCUUACUUUUUUUGAUAUCAUUGCAUUGUUUUGUGGCUUGCUUAGCUACCAAUACAAAAAACAUCACAACUGAUCAAUCUUCACUUUUAGCAUUCAAAUCACUAAUUACUUCAGACCCCUAUGAUAUGUUGUCUAAUAAUUGGUCAACAUCCUCUCAUGUAUGCACUUGGGUUGGUGUCACUUGUGAUGAGCGACACAACAGAGUCCAUAGUUUGAAUCUCCAUAACAUGAGUCUUAGAGGUAUUGUUUCCCCAAACCUGGGGAAUUUGUCGUUCCUUGUUAUACUUAACCUCUCCAGCAAUAGCUUCAAUGGUCAGUUUUCUAAAGAGAUAUAUUGGUUGCAUCGAUUGAAGGUUAUUUCUAUCGCCUAUAAUGAGUUUGUUGGAGGAAUUCCUGAAGCGUUGGGGGACUUAUCACAACUUCAAAUUUUAUAUCUUGGCGCUAACAAUUUUAGCGGUUUUCUUCCCCAAUCGAUUGGUAAUCUUCGCCAGUUAAAAAGAUUUGAUAUUAGUCGGAACAUGUUGUCUGGACCCAUACCUCAAACAAUUUCAAACAUGUCUUCACUUGAAUAUCUUGCUUUACAACUUAACUACUUUUCAGGUGAAAUUCUAUUGUUUAACAACAUGACUUCUUUGAGGGUGGUCUACUUUGAAGCUAACAAUUUAAAUGGAAGACUACCAAAUGAGUUUUUCAAUCAGCUUCCUCAACUCGAAGAUUUUACUUUAAGGAACAAUCAAUUUGAAGGAAGCAUUCCACGAUCAAUUGGUAACUGCACAUCGUUGAUAUACAUAAAUUUAGCAUCAAACUUUUUGACAGGUACGAUUCCCGAGGAGAUUGGCUAUCUUGAUAAACUUGAGCGACUAUUCUUGUCUAACAAUAGCUUAAGUGGAUCUAUUCCUUCCAAAAUCUUCAACUUGUCAUCACUCACUUAUUUGGAGGUUGAAGAGAAUAGCCUCUCAGGCACAAUUCCAUCAAAUACGGGAUAUAGCCUUCCUAGCCUGCAACAUCUACACUUGAAUAAUAACAAUUUUGUUGGAAAUAUUCCAAAUAACAUAUUCAACUCUUCUAAUCUUAUUCAUUUUCAAUUGACUGACAACGAAUUCAGUGGAACUUUACCCAAUACUGCUUUUGGAGAUUUAGGAUUGCUUGAAUCGUUUAACAUAGAUACCAACAAUUUGACAAUUGAAGAUUCUCAUCAAUUCUUUACUUCCUUGACAAAUUGUAGAUAUUUGAAAUAUUUAGAGCUAUCAGGUAAUCAUAUACCCAAUCUUCCAAAGUCAAUUGGAAACAUAACUUCAGAAUUCUUCUGGGCAAAAUCAUGUGGAAUUGAGGGUAAUAUUCCCGUAGAAGUUGGAAACAUGAGCAAUUUGCUAUUACUUUCUCUGUAUGACAAUAAUAUAAAUGGACCAAUACCUCGUUCACUCAAAGGGCUAGAGAAGCUUCAAGUAUUGUCUCUUGCUUACAAUGCACUCAAAGGAUCAUUCAUUGAUGAGCUCUGUCUAAUUAAGAGUUUAGGUGAGUUGUAUCUAGAAAAUAAUAAGCUUUCUGGUGUUUUACCAACAUGUUUGGGAAAUAUGACUUCUCUUAGAAUAUUGAACGUAGGAUCUAACAAUUUGAACUCUAAGAUACCUUCAUCUCUUUGGGGUCUCACUGAUAUAUUAAUGUUAGAUUUGUCCUCCAAUGCUUUUAUUGGUGAUUUUCCACCCGAUAUUGGGAAUUUGAUAGAACUUGUAAUAUUAGAUCUAUCAAGAAAUCAAAUUUCAAGCAACAUUCCUACAACCAUCAGUUCCUUACAAAAUUUGCAGAAUCUCUCCUUAGCUCAUAAUAAAUUGAAUGGGUCAAUUCCCGCAUCACUGAAUGGAAUGGUAAGCUUGAUCUCUUUGGACUUGUCUCAAAAUAUGUUAACCGGUGUUAUUCCAAAAUCCUUAGAAUCACUUUUGUACCUUCAAAACAUCAACUUCUCAUAUAAUAGAUUACAAGGAGAGAUUCCUAAUGGUGGACAUUUCAAAAAUUUCACAGCUCAAUCAUUUAUGCAUAAUGAAGCACUUUGCGGUGAUCCUCGCCUUCAAGUACCUACAUGUGGUGAGCAAGUUAAGAAAUGGUCCAUGGAAAAAAAGCUUAUAUUGAAAUGCAUACUUCCCAUAGUUGUGUCAGCCAUUUUGGUUGUUGCGUGCAUCAUACUUUUAAAGCAUAAUAAAAGGAAAAAGAACGAAACUUCUCUUGAAAGGGGUUUGUCAACUUUGGGAGCUCCAAGAAGAAUAUCGUAUUAUGAACUUGUGCAAGCAACUAAUGGAUUCAAUGAGAGUAAUUUCCUUGGAAGUGGGGGAUUUGGAUCUGUUUAUCAGGGGAAGCUUCUUGAUGGUGAGAUGAUUGCAGUUAAAGUAAUUGAUUUGCAAUCAGAGGCAAAAUCAAAGAGCUUUGAUGUAGAAUGCAAUGCAAUGAGAAAUCUACGACAUCGAAAUCUGGUAAAGAUUAUCAGUAGUUGCUCAAAUCUUGAUUUCAAAUCAUUGGUGAUGGAGUUCAUGUCAAAUGGAAGUGUAGACAAAUGGUUAUAUUCAAAUAACUAUUGUCUAAAUUUCUUGCAAAGGUUAAAUAUAAUGAUAGAUGUUGCAUCUGCAUUGGAAUAUCUUCAUCAUGGUUCUUCAAUGCCUGUGGUUCAUUGUGAUCUAAAGCCUUCCAAUGUCUUGUUGGAUGAAAAUAUGGUUGCACAUGUUAGUGAUUUUGGUAUUGCUAAGCUCAUGGAUGAAGGACAAUCUAAAACUCAUACACAAACUUUGGCUACUGUUGGAUACCUCGCACCAGAGUAUGGAUCUAAAGGAAUUGUUUCUGUCAAAGGAGAUGUGUACAGCUAUGGGAUUAUGCUAAUGGAAAUCUUUACAAGGAGAAAACCAAUAGAUGAUAUGUUUGUUGCAGAACUAAGCUUGAAGACAUGGAUCAGUCGAUCAUUGCCUAAUUCCAUUAUGGAGGUCAUGGAUUCAAAUUUAGUCCAAAUAACUGGGGACCAAAUUGAUUAUAUAUUGACUCACAUGUCAUCUAUUUUUAGUUUAGCCUUGAGUUGUUGUGAAGAUUCACCUGAAGCAAGAAUCAAUAUGGCAGAUGUUAUUGCGACACUAAUCAAAAUCAAGACUUUAGUUGCUGGCGCAAACACAGUCUAGUUAUUUUCAUUUGUAAACUGUUGUAAUUUUUUUUCCUUUUGUAAGGUUUGUGUUUGAUGUUUUCAAUAUUGUUUUUGGAUUGAUGUCUUGCUACUUCUUGUUUGUCCUUUCAACUGUCUUCAUAUGUUUCCUUUUGCUUUUAAAGAAAUCGACUAGUGAAUAAGGAUCAACACAGAAGCAUGUAAAUCGUGUGUAUUGUAUCCAUUUAUGUUGUAUCCCCUCUCAAUUAUUAUUAUUAUUUUUAAUUUAAUUUAAAGUUUA